AUGCUAUUCACUAACGAUAAAGUUCGUGAAGUAUAUUCGUUAGUGGGUCCGUGUGGCAGCGCCCCGCGCAGUCUUUUCCACGGCACCCGUCCGGGGCCCGCGGAGGGCGGUCGCCCGAUACCGCCUACUUCGUCCGGUACAGGCGUCACCCGCUUCGUAUCCCGCUACAUCUUAGAACUACAACAACACGGGACAGCCGCUGCUCAAGGAGAAAACAACGCCCUUCCAACGGUCCUGUCCUGA